AUGAAGAAAGUGGUGGUAGCUCAAAAAGAUCAAAGACUACUGAAGAAGGGGAGUUUUGUGUCCAUUCCAACCCAGAAACCCCAACUAGUGAUGGUUCAACGGUUAAACGUCCAACACGUAGAGAUGCAACAAAAAAAAGGGAAAGGUAAGGCUUCUAAUGAAAUUGUUACAGAACUUCGCGCAAUGAGGCUUGCUAGAGAAAGUGAACUUGAAGUCAUGAAAAAAAGAAUCGACUUGGAUAAAGAAAUGCAGCAACAAAGAAUCGACUUAGACAAGGAAAGGGAGCAAAAAACAGAUGAAAGGGAACUCGUCAAGAUGCAACUUUUGCAUUUGAAUACAUUGCUACAAAAGGAGCAUUUAUCGCUUGAAGAAGAAAACAUGAAACACUUUCUAAUGUCGAAGUUUUAUGGAAACUAA